UAGUGCAGUUCAGAAUAGCGUGCUAUCGUCCCUAAUAGUGGUAAAGUGCGACAUAAAUUUUAACGGAACCUUUUAAAAAAAUCUUAUUGGAAAUUCUCACCAUCUGCAAAGUUAUUUUUGAUUAAUUAACGGAGCAUAUCGAUAACAGUUACAAGCUUUGGUGCUUUUAAUUCACAAGAGUGGUUUUCGUUAUCUUUAUUUUCUCCUCGUCCCGGUUGCAUAAAUAAGUCAAUUAGUUGCAACGCAUGCAAUUUAAUUCCUGGUUCACGCCAAAUGACCAUAAGUUGUGCAUUAUCUCGAUGUUUGUCUGCUGCGGUUGAUUUGAGAUUUCGUUUUAGAAAAUUGUUUCUUUUUUCUUUGUGUCGAACUGGUUUCAUUACGACCGAGGAGACUAUUAAUGUCGCGGUCUGUUAGAAUGGCCCAUUUGGGAAUCGGCCGGAAUGACGAAGGUUUUCCACUUUAAUUUAGAACGCAGUAAACCUCAGCUUCAGUUCAGCCGAGCGGACCGGCGUGUACAAACCCGACCGAUUGAGAAUUUUGGAUGGUUCAUGGCUAAUUAAUGGUUUGUCAAUGUCGGAUCAUGUGUCAACUCCCUACUCCCAGUUUCAUGGAUAUAAACACCCCGUCGAACCGGACUGGUCCGAUAGUCAUGUUGAUCUCCGUCGUGUUUCUACUUCUCGGCUCGAUUUUCGCUAAGAACGUCCAAAAGAAGGACGUUCAGAUCGUCGGAUCGGACAACCAUUACAGCUACCGCCCUUACUCGGGAGACAGUAACGGACCGAAAAUAGACGCGGACGCCGCUGCUCAAGUGAACUACCCAGUGAAGACCGUCCAGAGGUACAAGGAUGAAAACGGUAAUGUGAGAAUAAUCACAACUUAUAACAGCAAUAACGACGACCCACAGCCGAUUUACAACCAAAAUGGAGUAAUUUUCCCAGUCUUGAUAGAAUCUCCUAGUCCGUAUUCUCAACAAAUAACAGAGCCUUCCACCCCUGUUGUCCCACAGCAGAGCCGAAAUUCUCUCCGUUACUCUGAAACAAUACUAGAACCCAGGAAAACUCAGUAUUUAGCUUCAAAAAGUAUAAGAUUUCCUGACAAUAAUGGACAGCUUACAGCCGACCAACACGAAACCACGUCACGAGAUGGCGGAGCUACUAGUUACAACCAUCAAUCUUCUUACAACACAGUGUCUAAAAGACCAACAAUUCAUGUGGCGACAGGAAACAAUAUUGAUGUUCAGAAUAAUCACGGUUUGAUUCAGCCCUUACAAGUAGCGGGGACAAAUUAUAUUGCAGAUGUGAACGAUGAUGGUGAAUACGAUUCGAGCAAACAAGAAGAAUACAAAGAUGGAGGGGAGUACGUUGAUGAUGGUUAUCAUGUGUCCCCAGUGACUUCCUAUCAUCACGGAGGUGGAGAGGGUUUUCAUCAAGGAGGUGGAGGAGGAUAUCACGGAGGAGGAGGCGGCUAUCAAAUCAUCUCUGGAAACGGUGAUCACUCGAAGAGUUCCGGAGGUUCAUACUCUCGGGGCCACUUCGAAUCUGGGGGCGACAAAGGAAGCAAAGGUCACAAAAACAACGAACACUACGAAAAGGGUCAUUCCGAACGCCAUGGCCACGAAGAUGAGAAGGGCGGAACCAAGAAUGAACAAGGCGAGAAAACGGGUCACCACGACGAGGCCAACAGCUACGCGAACGGUUACCGGUCCUCCGACGGCGGGAACGCCCACGAAAAGAGCCAUUCGAAAGGCCACAAAAAAGGCCAUAAGACGAAGGGCUUCAGAACGGUACACCACAAAGACGAGUACAAGAAAGACGAGGUGUUCUACGAUGAGGAGCACGACGCCGGACAGAAUAAAGGGCAAGGCCACGGGCGCACUCACCACAAAGAUACAAAGGGCGGGGGUCACAAAAAAGGACACGUUAACUCAGGGUAUAAAAACGGGCACAAGGGCUAUCACGGAGAUAAAGAACACGGCUAUUCUUACACCAAUACCAAAGGACAUGAGAGUAGUGGUGGUCGCAAAUCGCACGAUGGGGACCAUUUGUACUACCAAAAAGGAGCUGGACACAAAAACAGAGAAACCCAUAGUAAUGGUGGACAUGGUCACUAUUAAAUAAAAAGAAAAACAAACAUUUUAAAAAUAUGCGGUUAAUUUUUGUUUUUAACCCAUUGAAAAACAAUUUUAUUGUGUUUAUUUCAAGAUUUUUAUAGAUAUUUUUAAAAUCUCUUAUAGAACACUUCUAUGUUUUCAGUGUAUUGUACAAUAACAGUGUAUGUUUGUAAAUAUUGAGAUUUCCAUUUUCCACUAUUUAUUUACUUUGAUAUUGAACAGAACAGAGUGAGUGGUAAUUAUAUUAAAUGAAAAUGU